GAGUCGGUUUAGUUUACCUUGAACGGUGCCGGUAGUUGGGUUGUGAGUAAGUUCUACCUGUCGCCGCAUCUUUGUUUAUGCUAAGGUGAACCAGUGUUGUGCCCUUUUACCGGAUUAACAAACACGAAAUGUGACUUAAAUCCGUAUCCGCCACCUGAGCCCCGCAAUUAAAAUGAUGGGAUCAGCACCCAGAAGCGGAAAUCUCUCCCAUCUUGCGCCAACUCCGACCGUGGGAUCCGUCGAAAAAGCUUCAAUUUUUUUGGUUUUGUGACGUAGAAAGUGACAUCAUUUGAAUUUGAAUAUAGCAAAAAAAGAGUGUUCGAUGCGCGAAGUGGACGCAGUCAAGUUACGAAGCGCUGGCUUCGAGCCCCCUCGAAAUGGUGUGGUGGCGCCCUCGUGCGGCGUUAUGACGGACUGGGAUCAAAUGUUUGUGAGGUCGCUAGCUAAACCGCCGGCAUGCAGAUCCCUGCAAGACCUACAAGUCAUUUAUUACGGACUCAGCGGAUUGGAGGCGCUGCAAACGCUGAGGGAUUCGGCGUUGCGCGCGUUUUGCAAAAUUGUGCGCUAUGAGAAGCAUCAAGCCAACGACGUUUUGUACUACACGGGGGAGCUGUCAACAUGCUGGUACAUCCUUCUCUCAGGGUCCGUUUUCAUCGACGGUUCUAUGUUCUUGCCUCGGUCCAGUUUCGGCAAAAGAACAGGAGGCAGUGCUCGUCGCCAGAACGUGUGUUUCGUCCUGGAACCGUCAGAGAUGAUUGUGAUCGAUUAUCCGGACAUUGAGCAAAGUAGAAGAGUACAAAAUUCGCCACUGAUGGAUCAUCCGCAGCAUCGCAACAUCAACAUGAUGUUAGACCACGCUUAUGCCCAAAACAUGAUGKGACCGAGUCUGUAUCACAAGUGCAGCCGAGGCUCCCACUCUUCGGACACGAGUUCGGCCUACAGCGGCUCCGACACCAUGGCCUCAAACCAAUCGGAACUCGACGGAGAAGACAUCGACUUUACCGGCUUGGUCGAGAGUAUCGUCGAUAGCGACGAGGAGGACGACUUGGCCGAAAGCAUGGAUAGUCUGACGGUGCGCGACCGCGUCCGCGACUGUUUGGAAAAGGAGCCUCAAGACCGCACCGAGGACGACAUCGAGGCGCUGCUGGAGUUCACUCAGCACCUGAAGGCCUUCACCAACAUGACCUUGGCUGUGAGACGUGCCCUUUGCGCAGUUAUGGUAUUCGCAGUGGUAGAUAAGGCUGGUACAACGGUCAUGAACGAUGGAGAGGAGCUAGACUCAUGGUCGGUGGUAGUCAAUGGGUGCGUGGAAGUGAUCAUUCCUGGUGAAGAGAGUCAGACUUUGACUACGGGAGAGGCCUUUGGGAUUCUCCCCACGAUGGAGAAACUCUACCAUAAGGGGGUGAUGGUUACCAAAUGCGACGAUUGUCAAUUUGUGUGUAUCACUCAAUCGGAUUACUAUAGAAUCCUGCACCAAGGGGAGGAAAACACUCGCCGUCACGAAGACAACGGUAAAGUGGUCAUGGUGACGGAACUCCGGGGGUCUAUGGAGCCUGGAAGCAACCGACGAGGUCACGUGGUGAUCAGAGCCACCGCUGAACGUCUUAUGCUCCAACUAGUCGAAGAGAAUUCACUCACGGACCCCACCUAUGUCGAGGAUUUCCUCCUCACUCAUCGCACUUUUAUUCCAAGUCCGCUUCAUGUAGCCAACCAACUCCUGGAGUGGUUCAAAGACCCCGAUGUGCGGGAUAGAGUCACCCGAGUGGUGCUUCUUUGGGUCAAUAAUCAUUUUACCGACUUUGAAACAGAUCCCGACAUGAUCGACUUCUUGGAAACCUUUGAACAAGGUUUGGAGGAUGAGAAAAUGAGCGGACAAUUGAGACUCCUCAAUAUUGCUUGUGCGGCAAAAGCAAGAUUAAGGAAUGUGGUACUGGCGAGGUCAAGUCGGGAUGAGCCCCUCAAUUUCCAGGUUUUGGGAGGGUUUGAGCGAAAUUUCGGGAUUUUUAUCUCGAAAGUGGAGAAGAAAACCAAAGCGGAGGAUGUUGGGUUGAAGCGAGGGGAUCAAAUUAUUGAGGUUAAUGGGCAAAGUUUUGAGCACGUCAGCCAUGCCCGAGCCCUUGAAAUACUCCGAGGAACGACCCAUUUGAGUAUCACCGUCAAGUCAAACCUCCUACACUUUAAAGAAAUGUUAAACACACCAGAUAAUUCACCGAGACCGCGAAGUCGAAAAGUUUCCGAAAUUUCGAAAUUACAGACCGAUCCAAGAGCUAGACUUUCAAGUGUCGACGGUAAUUUAGUGUUAAGUAACGAAUCGCCAUGUGCGCAACCGGUGACCAUCGGGAGUCCACAAAAAGAGAACAAAAAACCUAGUUUUAUGACACUUGGACCGAAAAGAAGGCUACAAAAAGCCCUCAUGAAGAUGAAUAUCCUACCCAAGAAUAUUAUCAGUGUUGGGACCGACCAAGUUGAUAAUUUUAAUGCUCCGAGUAACCUAGGCUCGAAUUUAUACCAGUCGCAGAGCAACCCAGACUUGAUGUCGAUUUGUUAUGAUGAUCUCAGAUGUGCCGAUUAUCCGGAACAUGUCCUUAAGGUGUACAAACCCGAUCAAAGCUACAAAUACCUACUGGUUCAUAAAGAGACCACCGCUCAUGAAGUCGUGAUGUUAGCCUUGCAAGAGUUUGGCAUAACUGACCCUAGUAGUAACUAUAGUUUAUGCGAGGUUAGCGUUACCGACACCCAGACUAUCAAGCAACGCCGUCUACCGGACCAAUUACAAAACUUGGCCGAACGUAUCGGCCUUAAUAGUCGCUACUAUUUGAAAACAAACGGAAUCACUGAAACUCUAGUACCUGACGAACUCGCUCCGGAAUUAGUUCGGGAAAGCGCUGUUCAUUUUCUUCAGUUGAACGCCGUGGAAGUUGCCAUUCAGUUGACGUUACAGGACUUUAGUAUUUUUCGACAGAUUGAACCGACGGAAUAUAUUGACGAACUUUUCGAACUCAAAUCGAAAUAUGGCACACCGAUGCUUGAACAGUUUGCUGCUUUGGUCAAUAAAGAGAUGUUUUGGGUCGUGACGGAAGUCUGCAGUGAACAUAACCCCGUGAGACGCAUGAAAAUUAUCAAACAGUUUAUAAAAGUUGCACGACAAUGCAAAGAGUGCAAGAAUUUCAAUUCAAUGUUUGCUAUUAUCAGUGGGCUUGGGCAUGGAGCAGUGUCACGAUUGAGACAAAGUUGGGAUAAGCUUCCGGGGAAGUACCAGAGGGUGUUUUCCGAUUUGCAACAAUUAAUGGACCCUUCGAGGAACAUGAGCAAGUACCGACAGCUCGUCAGUGCCGAACAGAGUCAACCGCCUAUAAUUCCUUUCUAUCCCGUGGUCAAAAAAGACCUCACCUUCAUCCACCUGGGCAACGAUUCGCAAGUUGAAGGCCUAGUGAACUUCGAGAAGCUUCGCAUGAUUGCCAAAGAAGUCCGUUCUUUGAGUAAUAUGUGUAGCAGCCCUUAUGACCUUUUGACAAUGCUGGAACUUGGAGGCCAACCCGCUAGUAACGCUAUGGUGGCCUUAAACCAACUGACAACGGCCUCGUCUCAGCACCAUCCUCAAGGCCAGACCACAGUCAAGCGACGAAAAAAGUCAACAGCGGCGCCUAAUCCUAAGAAAAUGUUCGAGGAGUCCCAAAUGGUGCGAAGAGUGAAAGCGUAUUUGAACAAUCUUCAUGUGGUGAACGAUGAAUCCAAACUCCACGAGAUGUCGCUGGAGUGCGAACCGGCAUCGGGGGGUAGUAGCUCAGGCCCGGGGAGUCAACGAGGCAAGAGGCAUGCCUCACCAGCGCCCUCCACUACCAGRAGUACGAGUAGUACAAGCGAUGAGCGUAAACCCACCGCUAAGUUUGGAUCAGCGUCGCCGCAAGCCGUCCGGAAGUUGUUAGCGUUGUCAGAGCCGAAUAAGACGCGGCCGCACCAACCGAGGCAAUUGCCGAGCCAUGGAGUGACCCCAUCGCAGGCUAGUCCGGCUGUGAGAAGAGCGCCGAGUGCAACCGGUAGUUAUUCGAGUUACGGAUCACACAGUUCUAGUAGUUCGGGUGCGGGCGGCCGCGCCAUGCAUGAAAGAUCGCAUUCGGACACCCCCACACCUUUGCCUUCCGUUGCUCUAUCGGCUGAAAGCAGUAGUGUCACGUCGCUCAGUAACUUGCCCCUAAGAAAAACUGUUACUUCCGGUUCUGUUACUUCUUCCGACUCUGGUCACAGCACUAUGAGUCACUGUACAACAAGCUCUGAGACUACCAUCGGACUUUCGCACCCUUACCAAGCUCGGUGUCCGAGUCCACCACGACAUCCUCCGCCUUUGCCAGGCUGGUGUCCCUAUACUGGUGCUAUGCCUCCUUGCCCCCAUGCUGUGGCCGUUUUGCCCCCUUUACCCCAAGCUUUGCGCAAUGGUGCAGGCCGAAGACAACCUCCUGCAUAUAGUGUGGCAGCUCAAAUGGCCCGAUUGCAUCGACUGGGUCGUGCCCAUUCCCAUGAAGGGGUCACUCAGGGUUACCUCUACCAUAAUGAUCCUGAUACUGAUCAGGACUUGACUGACUUACUGACUGGCGACUCUGACACUCUCAUCAUUAUGGUUUGACUUUUGACCUGACCUGACCCGACGAUUAUACCUCAUGCAUUGUCAUGUUCAUACUACAUACAGAAGAGUUUCAUUGCGUGGAUGCGAUAGUUGGGCUCGUGACGUGUUUAAAAAAAUCGUAUGUUACUCGGGAUUUAAAGAAAAAUUACAAACAACAUAUUAAAAAUCAUUGUCACAGUCACUAGAAUAACUGAAUUAAUUUAAUUAAAAUUUUUGGGCUAUGUUAAGAAGAGAGAUUUAAUUCGAACAAAUAGGUCAAAAUGAGGAAAAGAAUAAAUGCUACUACAAAAAUUCAAAUAUUAAUUAUCUUAUCAAUAAAAUAAAAUAACAGUCAAUUUGGAAUUUGUGACGAUUGUGUGUCAUUAGUCUCAUUAAAACACUCAAAUCUACUUGAAAAAUGGCAACAWCGCAGAUUUAUUUUUUUGUUUCAUUUGGGUCACCAAAAUAAUAAUACAUUUUUCGAGGGACAAUUCUUUCAUGAAAAGUGGCAGAAUUUGUAUAGAAUUGUCACAAGAAUUAGUUACGGGUUAACAGCAUUCACUUUUAAGCACUUUUUUAUUGUCAAUUUUAACAGUUAUUAAUUUUAAUCACAACAAACAGUAAAUUUUUGGAAGCAAUUUUGAAAUUGUUUUUAUGAAAUUCAAAUUUUAAUCUUUUUUUUUUAAGUUAAUACAGGGGUGUUGUAACUCUUGCCCUACAGAAAAAUUUCAAGUAAGAUAAGGUACUAGGAACAUGGAAAAAAUGUUUAAAAAAUUUUGACAUUUAUUUUUUGACAUUUGACAUUUUUUAUGUCUAGUUAAUGAUACUGAUGAUCUUGUAUAUGUUUUUUUAUAAUUAUUUGUUAAAGGUACAAAAAUUUUGUCAAUAGAAGCCACAAAUAACAUUAAACAGAGUUAUAAUUUGUAGCAAAACAACUUGGAAAAUUAUUUUUUCAACUGAAAUAUAAAGAGAGUGAAAGUCCAAAAUUUAAACUCUCAUAACAUAGAAUUUUUAAACAUUUUUUUCAUGUUCCUGGUAUUUUACUUUACAUGGCAUUUUUCUCUGGGACGCGAGUUCUGGCGCACUCUGUAUAUUACAAAAUUUAAAAAACUGUUGCUUUGCAAGUUUUUCAGUCUACAUUUAAUGAUUUGAAGGUAUUAAGUUCGCAUUGUUUGCAAAACAAUGGCUUGAUGACAUAGAAUGCUUAAUUAAAUGUUAUAUUUUUUUUAAUUAAAAAAAUUAGUUUUGUUUAAUUAAAUUUUAAAUCGUAAUAAAAAAUAACAUAAAAUUCUCGUGUAUUUUUGUCUCUCGCUCUCUAUUCUUACGAAUGGAUGUUUCUAUUUCGUUUUAUACAGUUUUUGAACCAUUAUUUUUAUCAGUUUAUUGGUCACGAGUUUUUGAUGUAUGUAUUCAAUAUUGGUUUUUAAUAUUUUUGAAGAACAUUUCAACUUUUCUCAUUUUCUCUUCCUGGAUUUUAACACAUUUUCAGUGUUGAAAUUCAACAAUAAGUAUAAUCCGAAAUUUGACACUAUUUCUUCAGUUUUUUUACUUCGUCAAUUAUUUUUUAUUCUUUUUUUGAUCUUUAGCUCACUCUGUAAUAAAUCUACAGUUUCUUUAUAAACGUCUUCUUUCUUUCUUUUCGUAAACAAAAUUCUUGAAUUUUGUCGAUAAUUAUUUUAAUUUCCGAUUUUGAUUAGCAUUAAUUUCUUCACACUUUUUGUAAUUAUGGUUUUCAAAAAUCUAAGUUGCUUAUUCUACUUAAAUUAUCUCUUCAUUCUUUACCUCUUGGAUUUUAACACUUUUUCAGAUUCUGUAAUUUGACAAUUUUCUACUUUUUCAGUCACAAUGAAAAUUGCUCUUCUCAAACUUUUUCUCAGUUAAUUUAAUUUUUUAUUCCAUUUUAAUUUAACAACAUUUAAACUUUUUUAAUUUUUUCUUCCUGGAUUUUAUCACAUUUGAUUUGACGCUUUUUCUUCAGUUUUUCUUUUAACUCUGUAAUAAGCCUGCAGUUUCUUCAUAAACGUCUCCUUUCUUUCUUUUCGUAAACAAAAUUUUUGAUUGUCAAUAAUAUUUUAAUUUUUAUAAUUUCCGAUUUCGAUUAGCAUUGAUUUCUUCACAUUUUUUGUAAUUAUGGUUUUCAAAAACCUAAGUUCCAAUUCUGGAGUCAAAAAUUGUGUUUUUCAAAAUAGUACCGUGCGAUCAAAAAAGGAUAAAUUAGAGUAGGCGUCGAUUAAAUUCUACAGAUGGCAACAUAUUGGCUGGGAAUCUGGGCUGGUAAUUUUCCACACA